AUGGAACUGCCCAUCCCCGGCGACCAGGCGAGCGAGUCGGGCGACACAAGUAUCCUAAUCUAUGGAGGCGCAACGGCUACCGGUACCCUUGCUAUUCAGCUAGCAAAAUUAUCGGGACUGCGAGUGGUAACAACAUGCUCCGAAGCCAAUCGCAGCUUCAUGUUUGAACUUGGGGCAGACGCAGUUUUUGAUUACCACGAUCCCCUAGUGGGCGAACAGAUCCGAGAGGAUACUGAUGAUACUCUGGAAUUUGUUCUUGAUACAAUCUCUACGCCGCAAUCUGCUGCCAUCUGCAGUGCUGCCAUUUCGUCCGCAGGCGGCUCCUACAAUGCCCUGUUGGAUGUAUCAUCAGCGCGAGAGGACGUUGAUUCGCAUGUCUCGAUGGCGUAUGAUAUCCUGGGAGAGCCUUACUGCAUGGGAACGAACAGCAUAUCUCCUGAUAGUACUGAUCUUGAGUUCGGCAUCAAAUGGUGGGAAGUAGCGCAGAAACUACUUGAGGAGCGCCGCAUUCAUCCUCAUCCAUAUCAGGUGAAGCCAGGCGGCUUGGCUGGAGUGUUGGCCGGUCUUCAGAUUCUGCGGGAAGGCAAAGUCCGAACCUCCAAGCUAGUGUAUUGGGUCGAUGAAUCCGAGUAG